AGACGGUUGCCCAGAGACUGAAGUUCAGGCUGAACCUCUACGAGCUGAAGGAAGGCAGGCAGAUCAAACCUCAGACUUUUAUGAGCAUGGUUUCCAAUCUGCUCUACGAGAGACGGUUUGGACCUUACUACACAGAACCAGUCAUUGCCGGGCUGGACCCCAUAACACACGAACCUUUCAUCUGCUCUCUAGACCUGAUCGGCUGCCCGAUGAUCACCGAUGACUUUGUGGUCAGCGGCACCUGCUCCGAGCAGAUGUACGGCAUGUGCGAGUCCCUCUGGGAGCCCGACAUGGAACCCGAUCACCUCUUCGAAACAAUCUCGCAGGCCAUGUUGAACGCAGUGGACAGAGAUGCCAUAUCUGGAAUGGGCGUGGUAGUACACAUCAUCGAAAAGGACAAGAUCACCACCAGGACCCUGAAAGCCCGCAUGGACUAGCCCAGCACGUCUGCCCAUGUGUUUCACAUCCCAGCCUGCUUGGAACUUUUUUAAAUAAAACUCUGUUGUAGUGAA